AUGGUGACGACUGUUGGAACAGAUAAAGCAUCUAACUCUAGGCCCUCUUCUCUUGUAACAGAUCUACAUGUCACUGGAUCGCAGAUGCGUCAGCAAGCAAAUUUUACUUCUACCACCUCCUCCCUCACAAAUGUUCUCCCCUUAAUCUCCCAGCAGACUAUAGAUGCAAGAGUGAUUAAACUAGUAGCUGAUGACUCCAUCACACAGAUGGCCCAACCCACUUCCCUGGCCUCGGUUUCCGUUCUAGCUGGAGGCAGUUCACAUGCCGCCUCCAGUUCGCGACUUCACUCGAAACAACAGAGCUUUGGUGACUUUGAGUUUGCUGUGGGACCUUCAGGGUUUGUGUCCAACUCUGCAAAUAUGAACUUAGACUCACAAUUGGAUUCUAGAUCAAAAGGUCUCUUGCGGAUCUAG